AUGGACAAAACCUCCAGGCGUAUUGUGGAAGUAUUAGAGGAAGGCAGUGAAUUUGACUCGGACUUUGAUGACGAGUACAACGUGGAUGAAUUCGCUGUCUCCGCUGGUGCUGGUCGAGACAUUCCGAAAGACGACGAACCAAAUGAAGCUGAGCGUAACAUUGUAAAUACUGUAUCAAAAGCAAUGGAUGAAGCUAUCGAUCGUCAGGUUACCGUGUCGACUGAUUUCGUUUGGCAAAGUAACUUUGAUACAUUCGGUGGUGUACCCGAAGACUUUUCGGGUCCCACCCCCGGACCUAUCACUGAUUAUGAUACGCCCUAUGAAGCUUUUACGGAUAUUUGGAGUACAAGUUUCAUGGAGUAUAUCGUGCAGGAAACCAAUCGGUACGCUAGCCAGGAGAUUGAGAAGCUGAGAAUAGCAGGCAAACUGAAAGAGUCAUCUCGUCUCCACCAGUGGACUCCUACCGAUGUAGACGAGAUGUACAUCUUCUUUGCCAUUUAUGUAUUCAUGGGAAUAGAUAUUCGGACAUCUCAGCACGAAUAUUGGAAGACGACCGGCUAUCUAGAAAUGCCCAGAUUCAGACAGCUUAUGUCGUACAAUCGUUAUAUUUUGCUUAGUAAAUUCAUUCACUUUGCAGACAAUUCUGAUAGAAGUCAAAAUUUGCUUCAAAGUGAAAGAGUUGUCUAUUCGGCGAAAUUAGCGAAAAUCGCGCCAGUCUUAAAACAUUUGAAUUCGGUUUUUUCAAAAUUAUACAACCUUCGUCAGGAUGUAUCUAUCGACGAAUCUUUGACCUUAUUCAAGUGGCGAUUGUCCUGGGUCCAAUCGAUAAGGUCAAAGGCUUCACAUUUCGGCAUAAAGUCAUACGAAUUAUGUGAAUCAAAGACUGGCUAUCUGUGA